UCCUAUUUUGGUUUAUUUUAAUUUCCCUUUUUAUUUUUUACAUUAAGGUCGCCGACGCAAAAUAAUGACUAUUAUUUAUAGCUAAAAUGUUAUUUUUUUAAACAACAUGCCUGUAAAUAAACUAUGUAAAGUGUCCUUUUUAUAUAGAAAUGUGAUAAGAUAUUCUUUCAUACCAUUUAGAAAAUGUUGUAAUAAUAGCAAACUUCAAACAGAUUAUCUUUUUGUUGGUAAACAGGAUAGAUUUAAUGGAAUAACAGUAAAUACUGCAUUAGAGCAUUGUGAAAGAAAACACAUAACAAAAAAUCUUGAAGCUUCAAUGCAGAAAUGGUCUUCUGAAGGAAAGAGAUGUGUUUGGUUUAAAGUUAACAUAAAAGAUUGCUUCUAUGUUCCAAUACUGGCAGAGAAAGGUUUUAAUUUUCAUCAUGCAAGAGACGACUUUGUGAUGAUGUAUAAAUGGCUACCAGGUGACACUGAACCUAACCUGCCUCCGGCUUGUCAUACCAAUUUGGGAGUUGGUGCUUUAGUGUUCAAUGACAAGAAUCAACUUUUGGCUAUAUCAGAAAAACAUUAUGAAUACCCACAUUGGAAACUCCCAGGUGGAUAUGUAGAGAGAGGUGAAGAUAUAAAAGAUGCAGCAGUUAGAGAAGUGAAGGAGGAGACGGGAGUUGAUUGCACAUUUGUCUCUUUGUUGACAUUCAGACACCAGCACAAUAUGAUGUACAAUAACUCUGACAUAUACAUGCUACUUAUGAUGAAAGCGCUCACAGAAAAUAUAGUUCUAUCUCACAGAGAAGUCAAAGAGUGUAAAUGGAUGUUUAUAGAGGAAUAUUUAAAUCAUCCCCAUGUACACCAAUUCAAUCGUAUCAUAGUACAAAAAGCGAAUGACUAUAAAAAGAAAAAAAUGAGGUUAGAUUUAGAGAAGAAAACCGUGAAAUGGUCACAGUUCACAAGAGAAAUGACAUAUUUAACUGUAAAUGAUUGUGAUUACAAAUAAAUAUUUUUGUAAAAUAAAACUAAGUACAAUAUGUUUUGUUUUUAUACAA